AUGAGUAAUAAUAUCGGAGAAUCUAGAACGGAAUUGCUUAACUGGCUGAACGACCUUUUGAAGUUGAACUACAAAAAGAUUGAAGAAUGCGGUACAGGUGCUGCAUACUGUCAAAUCAUGGACUCCGUUUAUGUAGAUGUGCCAAUGCAUCGAGUCAAGUUCAAUGCUACAGCAGAAUAUGAGUUUCAUACAAAUUACAAAAUCUUACAGAGUUGCUUUGCUAGACAUGCAAUUGAAAAGACAGUCUAUGUGGAAAGAUUAGUAAAAUGUAGAUUCCAGGACAACUUGGAAUUUUUGCAAUGGAUUAAAAAAUUCUGGAUGCAAAAUAAAGAUAGCAGCCCAUAUGAUGCUAUUUCCAGAAGGAAGCAUAGACAAGUCAGUGGAGGUAUUAGCGGCACUGCUCCCCCAUCUAGUGGUUCGAUUAGUAUAGCAAAACGUAAAUCUAGCAUGCCUACACAGAACUACGGAUCAACACGGUCGUCAUACGGAACUAGCGGCGUCACAAGAAGGAUAUCGAACGACCAGUACUUGGCUAUCCAAACAGAAUUAACUCAGGCUAAGAAUAGCAUGACUUCGAUGGACAAAGAGAUUAAUACAUAUAAGGAUACCACAAACAUCCUCGAGAGAGAACGUGAUUUUUAUUUCAGUAAACUGAGAGAUAUCGAAAUUCUGGUACAAUCAACGCAAGAUUUAAUAAAAGAAGGUGUAUAUGAGAGUGGAACUGGUGAAUUAGAUAAAUUUUUAAACAAAGUUCAACAGAUAUUAUAUGCGACGGAAGAUUCAAAUGAUGGAGAUCAACAUCAAGAGGAAGAAAAUAAAACUGAAACGGCUAAUGCAAACAAUCAGCAAUAUAUGGAUAAUGAUAAUUUAACGAACCAUUCUUCAGUCAGUGUACAUGCUCAUGAAUCUAUGAUGAAUAACCAAUCCAUAAACACUCAACCACAUCAAGCUACCUCGCAGAACUUAAUAAUUGACGACGAGACCUUUUGA